UCGAAUUCAGUGUUUUUGUUAUGUUUUUAUUGAACGUAAACAACAAUAUUAUAAACAAUACAUCCAUUUGUUUAUAUGUUGUGGUGAUUGACCACCAAAUGAUACCAUCGAUUGAUAACAACAAUUGAAUUGAAUUGAAUCCAAAUUCAAUUGUCACUCAAUUUAGUGACACAUGUUUUGAUGUAAUGACUAUAAGUGUGUUGUGAUAAUCACUGGCGACAUGUAUAUCGUCAAAGAGGACGAAGAGGUGUUUGAAGUGGAUCCGAGGGAACAGGCCUUUCAUAAUGUAAUCCGAGAGCACCUCAUAGUCUUCAUACUCUUCCUUAUACUCUAUACUUCUUCAUACGCUAUCAUUGCAAAGUAUCGACGACGUCGUGAAGAGCUAUUUAUUGACGAAGAGGAUGGACUGGUAUAUCGUAUAUCCCUCUGGAUGUGCACCAUCUCUAUGGCCGUCUCUAUCGGAACAGCACUUCUGUUGCCAUUCUCUAUAGUGACCAAUGAAGUGAUAAUUCUUUAUCCGGACAGCUAUUACAUUCAAUGGCUCAACGACUCGUUGAUCCACAGUCUCUGGUCUUAUGUCUUCGUGUUUUCAAACAUAUCACUCUUCAUUCUGUUGCCAUUUGCCUAUUUCUUCACUGAAAGUGAAGGCUUUAGUGGUUCGCGAAAGGGAAUUAUGGCCAGAGUUUAUGAAACAUUUAUACUGUUAGUGCUGUUAUCAGUGCUUGUGUUGGGAAUGACUUAUUUGAUGUGCGCUCUCAUGGGUUAUGAAGACAUGGGUAUCAGUCAAUUGUUUACUUUAUGGCAUUACUUGCCAUUUCUGUACUCAUGUAUCUCAUUCUUCGGUGUCGUAUUGCUAUUGGUUUGCACACCUUUGGGAAUCGUUAACCUAUUUACUGUGUUAGGAGAAGUCAUAACUAAACCACAUGUUUUGCGAAAUACUCAAGAAGAAUAUGAAGAAACAAAACUUGAAGAAUUGUGUUUAAGACGCAAAAUUGAAAGUCACAAAUCAUCAGAACUGAAACCCAAAUCACCCUCAAAAUCAAAGUCAAUGCCAUCGUUGACUGUAUUUAACAAUACAAACGGAGAAUAUUAUCCCAACGGAGUUAGCUAUAGAAACAAUGCUUAUGAUCACAAUAAUGGUAAUCAAAUAAAUCAAUUGAAGACAUUGAACGAUAUGCAACUGAAUUUAUCACAAUUGGAAUCAUUUCGUAAAGAAUUAGAGAAGAAGUUGAGAGUCGGUUGGUUGCGAAGAAAUUUAGGCUAUCCUUUAGCAAUGUUGGCACUCAUGUGUCUGACAGCAGUGGCCGCACUAAAUGUCGUUCAAAAUACUCUUGAAUUGUUGGUCGGCAUAAAAACAUUACCGCUCUCAACAACACAACACCCAUUUGUUUUAGGCAUAGCCUCUCUUUCCAAAAUAGGUGCCAUUGGUGCAGGUGUUGAGAUUGUUCUUAUAUUAUAUUUAUGGUGUGCAUCGGUAGUCGGUUUAUACCGCAUACCAGUUAUUGGCGGAUUGAGACCCAAACUAAAUGACACACUAUUUACGCAAGUGAUUGGCAACUGUGCCGUAGUGUUAGUGUUAAGCUCAGCCUUACCAUUGUUAGCCCGAAGUGUCGGUAUAACUAAUUUUGAUUUAUUGGGUAACUUUGGACGCGUUGAAUGGUUGGGCAACUUUUAUAUCGUACUCUUUCAGAACUGUGUAUUCGCCACAACAGCAGCUCUUUGUUUGACUACCAAAAUAGUGACUGCCGUUAGCCGUGAACUUCUCAAGCGUUUCAAAGAAUUUUCCGCUUAUAUGAGGGAACAGUUCAAUACAUUGUCCGGAAAGACAUCUAUCAGCACAUCAUUGAUAGUGAACAGUAUGUCUUCAUCUAAUAUGCGUAACAUUUAUCACAACAAAACUGAAUAAUCAUUUAUUAUUUAAUUUAAUUAUCAAAAUAUAUUUU